ACCACACCCACACACCCACGCACCCACACCACUCUCUCAUCAAAGCUGGCAUCUCCAGUUCCCGUGAAUCAUGACAGCCGCCCUCCCCACGCGUUCUCCUUUAUUAUCUUGUCUUCCCCAAAAACCACCCAAAACCUCUCUCUCUCUCUCUCUCUCUCUCUCUCUCUCUCUCUCUCAUGUAAUCACAUAAUGUCUCCUCCUCAUCUCCUCUCUCCCACAAUCAGAUCUCGACUCUCCUCUCUCUAGAAAUUUCUAGAACCCUAGUUCUCUCCUCCAAUGCACGGCUACAGCCGGCUCGGCAAUCCCCGAGCCGCCGGCUCUCCGCCGUCCUCCCCACGCUGCCGCCACGGCCGGAACAAGAACGCCGGCGGCAGAGGCCCCAAGCAGAGCAUUGUGGAGAAAGUUGUGGUUUUGCUCAUUUCGGUCGUUUUUAAGCGCCGAGGCGUGCUUUUGUUCGCGCCAUUGUUGUACAUUUCGGGGAUGUUGUUGUAUAUGGGCUCGGUGAGCUUCGAUGUAGUUAGUUUGAAAAACGCUGUUGUUGUUGUUAGUAAGCGGUCGCCGCCGGGCUCCUUGUAUAGGAGCCCUCAGGUUUUUCAGAAGCUUUGGCCUUAUAUGCAGGCUGAGAGCAAUCACACUCACAAUUUUUUGAUGACAGUGUGGAAUUCAAAAGUGCAUCAAGUUUGGAAGCCUUGUAUUAGCAAAGAUACACCAAAAGAAGCAUUACCACAGUCAAAUGGUUUAUUUAUAAUUGAAGCGAAUGGUGGGUUAAACCAGCAGCGCUUAUCGAUAUGUGAUGCAGUUGCUGUGGCUGGACUUUUGAAUGCAACUCUUUUGAUCCCAAUUUUUCAUCUAAAUAGUGUUUGGAGAGACUCAAGGGGAAAAUGCUGGCCACUACUGACAGUAUAUGUAAAGCGUGACAGUAUGAUAUUGAAAAGUUCAUCUUUUGAUAAUGCAAGAAAUCAUGUGAAUGUGGUCAGGGAGCUCCCAGGUGAUAUACUUGAGCGGUUUGACAAUAAUAUAAGCAACAUUGUGAAUUUGAGAGUGAAAGGUUGGUCCAGUCCAGCUUACUAUCUUCAAAAGGUCCUCCCAAAGUUGGAGAAAAUGGGGGCUGUGCGCAUUGCACCUUUUUCCAACAGAUUGGCUCAGGCAGUUCCUUCAAAUGUGCAAAGGCUUAGAUGCUUAGCCAAUUUCGAAGCACUGAGGUUCUCAAAUUCUAUAAGAAUUCUUGCAGAUAAAAUGGUUGAUCGAAUGAUUAAAAGUAGCUCCCACAGCGGGGGAAAAUAUGUUUCAGUACAUCUUCGAUUUGAAGAGGACAUGGUUGCGUUUUCUUGCUGUGAAUAUGAUGGUGGGGAGGAAGAGAAACGUGAAAUGGAUAUUGCUCGAGAAAGAGGUUGGAGAGGAAAAUUCAGGAGAAGGGGUAGAGUAAUAAGGCCAGGUGCAAAUCGUGUGGAUGGGAAAUGCCCUUUAACCCCGUUAGAGGUAGGAAUGAUGCUCAGGGGAAUGGGAUUUGAUAAUACCACCUCAGUAUACAUAGCAGCAGGAAAAAUUUAUAAAGCUGAGAAGUACAUGGCUCCUCUUAAACAGAUGUUUCCACGCUUGGAAAUGAAAGACACACUGGCUACUGCAGAAGAACUUGCUCCUUUUCAGGGCCAUUUAUCUAGAUUGGCUGCUCUUGAUUACACGGUUUGCCUUCACAGUGAAGUAUUUGUCACCACUCAGGGUGGAAAUUUUCCACACUUCUUGAUGGGUCACAGGCGGUAUCUCUAUGGUGGACAUUCGAAGACAAUCAACCCUGAUAAAAGAAAAUUAGCGCUUUUGUUUGAUAAUCCCAGUAUCAGAUGGGAAGAUUUCAAACGACAGGUGCGAGACAUGCUUCGCCAUAGUGACCAAAAGGGUGUUGAACUGAAAAAACCCAGUGCGUCACUAUAUACAUUUCCCAUGCCAGAUUGUAUGUGUAAAGAAGCAGAAGCUAGAAACGAAAACAGUAACAUGACAAACAAGACUGAUUUCAAUACAUAAAAUUAUUCACUAGGGUUACAAUUUUUUUGUUCACCUGUAAUUCAGUGUAUCAUUCAAUUGUCAUUUUAGAAAAUUAGUGUAUCAUUCAAAUAAGUUGUGAAAUUUUCUUUCAUUUGAGUAGAGGUAAGUGUAUCCUAAGGUAUUGAUUUUUUUGGUUGGUUUACUCAGCGACUUGGCAGUUUGUUACUCAAAAUUCAUUGUACAUGUACAAUAACGGAUCAAGGGAAAAUUCUUUUGCAGUAAUCAAAUUCUCUCCUUUCCUUUGGUG